CCAAGACUCCCAGUAGCACUCAUUUGAGAGGUUAAAAAAAAAAAAGACCCUUACGCUUUCUGCUUUGGGGUUUCGCCUCUCUCUCUCUCUCUUCUGUUUCUUGGAUGUUUGGUACGUCGGAUGUGUAUGCAUCCACCGUUCUUCUCUAUUUCUUCGUCUCUGUCUCUGGAAGUAGAGAAGUUGUGUUGAAAUGACAACCCUAAGAUCGAGUUUGCCGUUGCGGCUGCGGCAUCUAUUGACCGGAGAAGGAGCCGUUGGUCCUUCUCUCAAACUGGAGUCUGAACCUCCUCCUAAAGUCAAAGCAUUUAUUGACAAGGUCAUCAAAAUCACAUUAUCUGAUAUUGCAAUACCCCUUUCAGGUUUUCGUUGGGAGUACAAUAAGGGGAAUUUCCACCAUUGGCGACCGCUUUUUCUACAUUUUGAUACAUAUUUCAAGACAUAUAUUUCUUGUAGGAAAGAUCUUCUCUUGUCAGAUAUUACUUCAGAGGAUUUUCCAAAAAAUGCUGUCCUACAAAUUCUAAGAGUCAUGCAAAUAAUAUUGGAGAACUGCCAUAACAAGAGUUCAUUUAGUGGCCUGGAGCAUUUCAAGCUUCUACUUGCUUGCACAGAUCCUGAGAUUGUCAUAGCUACAUUAGAAACCCUUGCCGCUUUAGUGAAAAUUAAUCCUUCCAAGCUACAUGUGAGUGGGAAGUUGAUUGGAUGCGGCUCAGUAAACAGUUGUCUCUUGUCUCUAGCGCAAGGAUGGGGGAGCAAAGAAGAAGGCUUGGGGUUAUAUUCAUGUGUCAUGGCUAAUGAGAGAAUCCAAGAUGAAGGGCUGUCUUUGUUCCCGUCUGAUGUAAAGAAUGAAUGUGACAAAUCUCACUAUCGGUUAGGGUCGACCCUUUAUUUUGAAUUUCAUGGUGUCAAUUCCCAGAAUGCUGUGGGUAGUUCCGGGAAUAUGCCAUCCAACUUGCGUGUUAUACACAUCCCAGACCUGCAUCUGCAUAAGGGGGAUGAUCUAUUAUUUCUGAAACAGUGCAUUGAGCAAUAUGAUGUACCUCCAGAGCACAGGUUCUCAUUGCUGACAAGAAUUAGAUAUGCUCGUGCCUUCCAAUCUCCAAAAACCUCCAGGCUGCACAGCAGAAUUUGCCUUCUUGCAUUCAUUGUGCUUGUUCAGUCCAGUGAUGCUCAUGAUGAACUUGUGUCCUUUUUUUCCAAUGAGCCAGAGUAUACAAAUGAGUUAAUUAGGAUUGUGCGCUCUGAAGAAUCUAUUCCAGGAAGCAUUAAAACACUUGCAAUGCUUGCACUGAGUGCACAGUUGGCUGCAUAUUCGUCAUCUCAUGAACGUGCAAGGAUAUUGAGUGGAUCAAGCAUCAUUUCUGCUGGCGGGAACCGAAUGAUUCUGCUGAAUGCACUCCAGAAGGCAGUCUUGGCACUGAAUAGUUCCAGUGAUCCAUCAUCUCUUUCCUUUGUUGAAGCUCUUCUACAAUUUUAUCUGCUCCAUGUGAUAUCUUCUUCAAGUUCUGGAAGUGCUAUUAGGGGAUCAGGAAUGGUUCCAACCCUAUUACCUCUGCUACAGGAUGUUAAUUCAGCCCAUAUGCAUCUUGUGUGCUUUGCCGUAAAAACUCUACAGAAGCUCAUGGAUUAUAGUAAUGCUGCUGUGACCCUGUUCAAAGAUCUGGGGGGAGUAGAGCUUUUGGCUCAGAGAUUACAGACAGAAGUUCAUAGAGUUAUUGGUCUGGUUAGUGCAGAUGGAAAUUCAAUGGUCAUUGGAGGCCAAUCAAGAUAUGAUGAGGAUCGGUUAUACUCCCAGAAGCGGCUCAUCAAGGCUUUGUUGAAGGCACUUGGGUCUGCUACUUAUGCCCCUGCAAAUUCUUCAAGGUCCCAGAACACCCAUGAUAAUUCCUUGCCUGCCUCUCUUUCAUUGAUAUUUGGCAAUGUAGAGAAGUUUGGUGGUGAUAUAUAUUUCUCAGCAGUGACUGUUAUGAGUGAGAUAAUCCACAAAGACCCUACUUGUUUUUCGUCUUUGCAUGAAUUGGGUCUUCCAGAUGCCUUUCUAUCAUCAGUGGUGGCUGGAAUACUCCCUUCUUCAAAAGCUAUUACAUGCGUUCCCAGCGGUCUUGGUGCCAUUUGCCUUAAUGCAAAAGGCUUAGAGGCAGUUAAGGAAACCAUGGCAUUACAUUUCCUUGUAGACAUUUUCACAAGUAGAAAAUACGUGGUUGCAAUGAAUGAAGGUGUUGUCCCUUUGGCAAAUGCUGUUGAGGAGCUCCUGCGACAUGUAUCCUCAUUGAGAAGCACUGGGGUGGAUAUAAUCAUUGAAAUUAUUGAUAAGCUUGCUUCCAUGGGUGAUGAUAAUGGAGGCUUAGGGUCGUCAGGGAAAGUGGAUGGUGGUACUGCAAUGGAAACUGAUUCUGAAGAUAGGGAACAAGAGGGGCAUGGUUGUCGUGUGAGUGCAAUGGAUGUGGCAGCUGAUGGCAUCAGUAACGAGCGUUUUGUUCAACUGUGUAUCUUCCAUGUGAUGGUACUGGUUCACAGAACAAUGGAAAAUUCUGAAACUUGCAGGUUUUUUGUGGAAAAGAAGGGAAUUGAAGCUUUAAUGAAGCUCCUGUUGCGGCCUAGCAUUGCACAAUCAUCUGAAGGGAUGUCAAUUGCUUUGCAUAGCACAGUUGUGUUUAAGGGUUUUACUCAGCAUCACUCUGCUGUACUGGCUCGUGCCUUUUGUUCUUCUCUAAGGGAUCGUUUGAAGAAAACUUUAGAUGGAUUCAAUUCGGUGACAGGUUCGUUUUUGCUGGAUCCGAGGAUUACACCAGAUAAGGGAAUCUUUUCCUUGCUUUUUGUUGUUGAGUUCCUUUUGUUUCUUGCUGCCUCUAAAGAUAAUCGUUGGGUGACUGCGUUGCUUACGGAAUUUGGAAAUGGUAGUAAGGAUGUCUUGGAAGAUAUUGGGCGUGUGCACCGGGAACUUCUAUGGCAGAUUGCUCUCCUUGAAGAUGCCAAGCUGGAUGUAGGGGAUAAAGUUUCCAGUUCUGGUUCUAGUGAGGAUCCACAGAAAUCGGACACAAACGCUGGUGAAACUGAAGAGCAAAGGUUCAACUCAUUUAGGCAGUUUCUUGAUCCAUUGCUGAGACGAAGGAUGUCAGGAUGGAGUGUUGAAUCUCAGUUUUUUGAUCUUAUAAGCCUAUACCGUGAUCUUGGUCGUGCUGCCGGAGUUCAGCCCAGACUUGUUAUGGAUGGUCCAUCAAACAUGCGGCUUGGAUCUAGUCAGCACUUGCAUGGUUCUGGUUCUACUGAUGCUUCAGGGGCUGUAAGUUCAAUGGAAGCGGAUGCCCAGAGAAAUUACUAUUCAUCCUGCAGCGAUAUGAUGAGAUCACUUGCUUUUCAUAUCAGCUACCUAUUUUUGGAAUUGGGAAAAGUCAUGUUGCUUCCUUCUCGUCGACGGGAUGAUACUAUGAAUGUGUCCCCAGCAUCAAAAUCUGUGGUUUCUACUUUUGCCUCCAUUAUAUUGGACCAUUUGAAUUUUGGGGGACAUACAGAUUCAUCUGGUUCGGAGGCAUCUAUAUCAUCAAAGUGUCGGUACUUUGGUAAGGUAAUUGACUUCAUUGACAGCAUUCUACUGGACAGGCCUGAUUCCUGCAAUCCUAUAUUGUUGAAUUGUUUUUAUGGGCAUGAAGUUGUUCAAGCAGUCUUGACCACUUUUGAAGCUACGAGUCAGUUGCUUUUUGCGGUUAAUAGAGCACCUGCAUCUCCUAUGGACACUGAUGAUGGGAGUUCGCUGCAGGGUGAGAGGGAAGAAACAGAUUAUUCAUGGAUUUAUGGGCCCUUGGCUAGCUAUGGUACACUAAUGGACCACCUAGUGACUUCAUCCUUUAUUAUUUCUCCUUUUACAAAACACUUGCUUGGCCAGCCUCUCACAAAUGGAAAUGUUCCUUUUCCUCGGGAUGCUGAAGCAUUUGUAAAGGUUCUCCAGUCCAAGGUACUAAAGACGGUGCUUCCCAUUUGGACCCAUCCUCAAUUUACCGAGUGUAGUUAUGAGUUUAUCACAACAGUUAUCUCUAUCAUGCGGCAUGUCUAUUGUGGAGUUGAGGUGAAAGAUGCAAGUAACAACAGUGGAGCCCGUAUGGUAGGCCCCCCUCCAAAUGAAUCUACUAUCUCAAUGAUUGUAGAGAUGGGAUUUUCAAGGGCUAGGGCUGAAGAAGCUCUGAGGCAAGUGGGAACAAACAGUGUGGAGAUGGCAAUGGAGUGGCUAUUCUCACAUCCAGAGGAAGCCCAAGAAGAUGAUGAGCUUGCCCGAGCUCUUGCCAUGUCCCUAGGCAACUCUGGGAUGUCCCAGAAAGAUGAUGUUGAUGGAAAUGCAAGUAACCUAGAUCAGGCAGAAGAGAUUGUCCAGCUUCCCCCUGUUGACGAUUUGUUGGUGACAUGUAUCAGGCUUCUGCAGAUGAAGGAACCACUAGCUUUUCCAGUUCGGGACCUGCUUGUGAUGUUAUGCUCCCAAAAUGAUGGUCAAUGCAGGUCGAAAGUUAUUUCCUUUGUCAUUGAACAUGUUAAGCUUUGCAGUUCAAUUUUGGAUAGUGGAAACAGUGGCAUGCUAUCUGCUCUGUUUCAUGUUCUUGCGCUGGUUCUUCAUGAAGAUACAGCGGCUCGAGAAGCUGCUUCCCAACAUGGGCUCAUUAAGAUUGCUUCUGAUUUGCUUUCUCAGUGGGAUCCUAGCAUGCAUGAUGGACAGAAAGUCCAAGUUCCAAAGUGGGUGACCACAGCUUUUCUUGCAAUUGAUAGACUGCUGCAGGUAGAUCCGAAGCUAAAUUCAGAUAUUUCUGAGCAGUUGCAAAAAGAUGAUGUUAGUAGCCAGCAGGCUAGUGUAACCAUUGAUGAGGAUAAGCAGAACAACUUGCAGUCUACUUUUGGGUUAACUUCACGAUAUAUAGAUGAGCAUGAUCAGAAGCGACUUAUUGAGGUUGCAUGUAGAUGUAUAAAGAAUCAGCUACCUUCUGAGACGAUGCAUGUUGUCCUUCAGUUAUGUGCUACACUUACAAGAACUCAUUCUGUAGCCAUUGCUUUCCUUGAUGCUGGUGGUUUGCCAUCUCUAUUGUCCUUGCCAACAUCUAGCCUGUUUUCUGGAUUUGACAAUGUUGCUGCUACUAUAGUUCGUCAUAUUCUUGAAGAUCCCCAUACUCUUCAGCAAGCAAUGGAAUCUGAGAUCAGACACAGCCUUGUAUCUGCCACUAAUAGGCACUCUAAUGGAAGGCUUACUCCACGCAAUUUCCUUCUAAAUUUGGCCUCUGUCAUCUCUAGGGAUCCAGUGGUCUUCAUGCGAGCUGCUCAGUCUGUCUGUCAGGUUGAAAUGGUUGGUGAAAGGCCAUAUGUUAUACUCUUGAAAGAUCGUGAGAAAGAUAAGUCCAAGGAGAAGGAGAAGGCAUCGGAGAAAGACAAGCAGCAACUUGUCGAUGGGAAGACUUCUUUGGGUGACUUGAACUCAAUGGCUCCUGGAAAUACACAAGGCAAAUUGCCAGAUUCAAGUACCAAGAGUGCCAAAGUCCAUCGGAAAUCUCCUCAAAGUUUUGUUAGUGUAAUUGAGCUUCUUUUAGAUUCUGUGAUAACUUUUGUUCCUUCACAGAGAGAUGAUGGUGUGGUAGAUGGGCCAUCAAUAGCAGACAUGGAGAUUGAUGGUGCUGCAAAUAAGGGCAAGGGGAAAGCCAUUGCAACUGUUUCUGAAGAGUGUGAAACCAAUAACCAGGAAACUUCUGCAUCUCUUGCAAAAACUGUAUUCAUUAUGAAGCUGUUGACUGAGAUACUACUGACUUAUUCUUCAUCUGUUCAUAUCCUUCUCCGAAGAGAUGCUGAAGUCAGUAGCAGUAGAGGUCCUCCCCAGAGGGGUGCUAGCGGGAACUAUAGUGGUGGAAUAUUUCAUCAUAUUCUUCAGAAGUUCCUACCAUACUCUGGAAAUCAUAAGAAGGAAAAGAAAGUAGAUGGUGAUUGGAGGCAGAAACUAGCAACAAGGGCAAGCCAGUUCUUGGUUGCAUCCUGUGUUCGCUCUGCAGAGGCUCGGAGAAGGGUUUUUACUGAUAUUAGCCAUGUCCUCAAUGACUUCGUUGAUUCAUCUAAUGGUUUCAGGCCACCAGAUGGCAGCAUUCAUGCUUUUAUUGAUCUGCUCAAUGAUGUCUUAGCUGCUCGGUCUCCCACUGGGGCAUAUAUUUCAGCAGAAGCUUCAGCAACUUUUCUAGAUGUUGGAUUGGUUCUGUCUCUGACUCGGACUCUCCAAGUUUUGGACCUGGAUCAUGCAGACUCUCCUAAAGUUGUUACUGGGCUUGUCAAGGCUCUGGAGGCAGUUACAAAAGAACAUGUCAUUUCUGCUGAUGGGAAGGGUGAGAACACUAAUAAGCCUCCUGAACAGAGCCAACCUGGAAGAACAGAUAAUGGGGGUGAUAGAUUUCAGUCUUUGGAAACUAAUUCCCAGCCUGAUCGUAGUGAAGCAGUUAUUGACCAAAUUGAAUCUUUUACAACAGUCCAAGCCUCUGGCAGCUCAGAGUCAAUUAGAGAUGAUAUGGAGCAUGACCGGGAUAUGGAUGGUGGUUUUGCUCCUGGAGCUGAUGAUGAUUUUAUGAAUGAAAAUUCUGAGGAAGCUGGGGGUAUUGAAAAUGGAAUGGAUUCUGUAGGGAUAAGAUUCGAGUUCUCUCACAAUGUGCAAGAUAAUAUUGGUGAUGAAGAUGAUGAUGAAGAGAUAUCUGGGGAUGAUGGAGAUGAAGGUGAUGAAGACGAAGAUGAAGAUGAUGAGGAGCAUAAUGAUCUGGAGGAGGAUGAAGUUCAUCAUAUGUCGCAUGGGGACACAGAUCAGGAUGAUCAUGAGAUUGAUGAAGAUGAGUUUGAUGAAGAUGUGUUAGAGGAAGAGGAUGAAGAAGAUGAGGAUGACGACGAAGGAGUUAUUCUGAGGCUUGAGGAGGGCAUCAAUGGAAUAAAUGUUUUUGAUCAUAUCGAAGUUUUUGGCAGAGAAAAUAGUUUCCCGAAUGACACACUCCAUGUGAUGCCUGUUGAAGUUUUUGGAUCAAGGCGCCAAGGGCGUACAACAUCAAUAUACAAUCUUCUAGGACGAUCUGCAGACCAUGGUGCUCCUUCCCAGCAUCCUCUUCUGUUGGAGCCACCUUCUGCACUACAUCCAGCGCCUCCUAGACAAUCAGAGGGUUCAGCUGAUAUGGUCUUCUCUGAUAGAAACUUGGACAACUCAUCAUCACGGUUGGACACUAUUUUCCGGUCACUUAGGAAUGGACGGCAUGGACAUCGUUUUAACAUGUGGGUAGAUGAUAGCCAGCAGCGUAGUGGAUCAAGUGCAACUGCAAUACCCCAAGGCCUGGAGGAGUUGCUUGUCUCCCAGUUGAGACAGCCCACACCUGACAAACCUUUGGAUCAGAAUACAACUUUGGCGGAGCCUCAAGGUGAAGGGGAGGCAAGUCAUCUAGAAGAAUCUGAAACAGGAAUGAAGACAGAUGCACCUGUAGAGACUGUUGUAAACAAUGGUAGCAUUUCUACACGACCAUCUGGUUCCACAGGAGUGGAUGGUAUAGGAAAUUCUGAUGGCACACCAAUAGAAAAUGAUCUUCAUGGAAGGGAGGAAUCAAGUGCACAUACUCAAGCUGUUGACAUGCAGUGUGAGCGCAAUGAUGCAGUUGUGCGGGAUGUUGAAGCAGUAAGCCAAGAAAGCAGUGGAAGUGGUGCAACUUUGGGGGAAAGCCUUCGAAGCUUGGAGGUGGAAAUAGGAAGUGCUGAUGGCCAUGAUGAUGGGGGAGAAAGGCAAACUUCUACGGAUAGACUGCCUUUGGGUGAUCUCCAGCCAACUCGAGUUAGAAGAACAAAUGUAUUAUUGGGAAAUGCCAAUCCGGUAAGCAGCCGAGAUGCAUCUCUUCAGAGUGUUAUUGAAGUGUCAGAAAAUCCUGAUCAGGGAGCAGAUCAGAGUGGUCCUGCUGAUGAGCAGCAGAUCAACCGGGAAGCCGACUCUGGUUCAAUUGAUCCUGCUUUCCUGGAUGCUCUUCCUGAGGAUUUGCGUGCUGAAGUACUUUCAGCUCAACAGGGUCAAGCAGCACAGCCUUCAAAUGAUCAGCCUCAGUCUGCUGGAGAUAUUGAUCCUGAAUUCCUUGCAGCGCUUCCCCCAGAUAUCAGGGCAGAAGUCCUGGCACAACAACAAGCUCAGAGACUACAUCAGUCGCAGGAAUUGGAAGGGCAACCGGUUGAAAUGGAUGCUGUUUCAAUAAUUGCAACAUUCCCUUCAGACUUACGAGAAGAGGUGCUCUUAACAUCCUCUGAUGCUAUUCUAGCCAAUUUAACCCCAGCUCUCGUAGCAGAAGCAAACAUGUUGCGUGAGAGGUUUGCACAUCGGUAUCAUAGUCGUACUCUUUUUGGCAUGUACCCCAGAAGUCGGAGGGGUGAAUCCUCCAGACGUGGUGAAGUUGUUGGAGCCUCUCUGGACAGAAUUGGAGGAGGAAUUGCUUCUCGUAGAUCAAUGGGAGGUAAACCACUUGAAGCUGAUGGUGCUCCUCUGGUGGAUACGGAAGCUCUGAAAGCCAUGAUCCGGUUGCUUCGUGUGGUUCAACCAUUGUAUAAGGGCCAAUUACAGAGGCUUCUCCUGAAUCUAUGUGCUCACCAUGCAACGAGGACCACUCUGGUGCAAAUUCUGAUGGAUAUGCUGAUGCUUGAUAUGCGGCGGACUGUCAAUCAUUUGAGCAGUGCUGCAGAGCCAUCAUAUCGGCUUUAUGCUUGCCAGAGUCAUGUUAUGUAUUCUCGUCCUCAGUAUCUAGAUGGUGUCCCUCCCCUGGUGUCUCGGCGUAUUCUGGAAACUCUGACAUACUUGGCACGGAACCAUCCUUCUGUUGCAAAGCUUCUGCUUCAGCUUGAGCUUCCACAGACACCGGUUAAUGAGCCAGAGAGCCCUGAUCAGGCACGUGGAAAAGCUGUUAUGAUUGUUGAUGAUGACAUUGAAAGCAAGCAACAUCAAAAAGGAGAUUUCUCCAUUGUCCUACUUCUAAGUCUGUUGAAUCAACCACUGUAUUUGAGAAGCAUUGCACAUCUUGAACAGUUGCUAAAUCUUUUGGACGUAGUCAUUGAUAAUGCUGAAAACAACUCCAGCUCAUCCAAUAAGUCUGGGGAAUCCCCUGUAGAGCAAACAUCUGGUCCUCAGAUGCAAGAUGCUGAGCUAAAUGUCACUGGUGGUUCAUUUUCUGUUGGUGAUGUUAAAGCAUCCAAUACUGAUGAAUGCCUCAAACUCUCAGGUUCUGGCACAAGUAAUGAAUGUGAUACUCGAGCUCUAUUAUUCAGCUUACCACGAGAAGAACUUAGGCUCCUAUGCUCUUUGCUUGCACGGGAGGGAUUGUCGGAUAAUGCUUAUGUUCUUGUCGCUGAGGUGUUGAGAAAGUUGGUGGCUAUUGCUCCGACUCAUUGUCAUCUAUUUAUUACUGAGCUAGCUGAUUCUGUUCGACAAUUAAGUAGAUUUGCAAUGGAUGAGUUGCAUGUAUUUGGAGAAGCAGAAAAAGCACUCCUCAGUACAACUUCUACUAGUGGGACUGCAAUCCUGCGGGUUUUGCAGGCAUUAAGCUCUCUUAUUUCAUCCUUACUAGAGAAAGAGAAGGAUCAACAAACCCCCUCUAAAAGGGAGCAAAAUGAUCCUCUCUCUCAGGUAGGAGAAAUUAAUGCUGCCUUGGAGCCCCUGUGGCUGGAGUUGAGCACUUGCAUAGGCAAAAUAGAGAGUUACUCAGAUUCAGUGAGUGAUCAGUCAGCAUCAUCUAGAACUGUCACAUCCACAACCGCUGGUGUAUUGCCUCCACUUCCAGCGGGUACCCAAAACAUCUUGCCAUAUGUAGAAUCUUUCUUUGUGACUUGUGAGAAGUUGCAUGCUGCACAGUCUGGUGCUGGUCACGACUUCAGCAUUGCAGUGACUUCUGAUGUUGAAGAUGCUACAUCUGCUGCCCAACAGAAGACUUCAGGUUCCCUUGCAAAAGUUGAUGAAAAACAUGUUGCUUUUGUCAAGUUUUCAGAUAAGCAUAGGAAGCUAUUAAAUGCUUUCAUCAGGCAGAACCCUGGGUUGCUUGAGAAGUCAUUUUCUCUCAUGCUGAAGGUUCCACGUUUCAUUGAUUUUGAUAAUAAGCGUGCUCACUUCCGGUCCAAGAUAAAGCAUCAGCAUGAUCAUCAUCAUAGUCCGUUGAGAAUAUCGGUAAGAAGAGCAUACAUUCUUGAAGAUUCAUAUAACCAACUGCGCAUGCGAUCGACUCAAGACUUGAAGGGGAGGUUAACUGUACAUUUUCAAGGGGAGGAAGGUAUUGAUGCUGGUGGACUGACGAGAGAAUGGUAUCAGUUGUUGUCUCGGGUUAUAUUUGACAAAGGAGCACUACUUUUUACGACAGUGGGCAAUGAAUCAACAUUUCAGCCAAAUCCCAACUCUGUCUACCAAACGGAGCAUCUCUCAUAUUUCAAGUUUGUUGGGCGAGUGGUAGGAAAAGCACUAUUUGAUAGUCAACUUCUGGAUGUCCAUUUCACUCGAUCUUUCUACAAGCAUAUCCUUGGGGUUAAAGUAACAUAUCAUGACAUUGAAGCCAUAGAUCCUGGUUACUUCAAAAACCUGAAGUGGAUGCUUGAGAAUGAUAUAAGUGAUGUUUUAGACCUUACUUUCAGCAUUGAUGCUGAUGAGGAGAAGUUGAUAUUAUAUGAAAGGGCAGAGGUCACUGACUAUGAGCUGAUCCCUGGUGGCCGGAAUAUUCGAGUUACUGAGGAGAAUAAACAUGAAUAUGUUGGUCUUGUUGCUGAACAUCGGUUGACCACUGCUAUUCGUCCUCAAAUCAAUGCAUUUUUGGAAGGUUUCAGUGAGCUGAUUCCUCGGGAUCUAAUAUCUAUCUUUAAUGAUAAAGAAUUGGAGUUAUUGAUUAGUGGGCUUCCAGAUAUAGACUUAGAUGACCUACGGGCAAAUACUGAGUAUUCUGGAUACAGUGCUGCAUCUCCUGUUAUUCAGUGGUUUUGGGAGGUUGUUCAGGGUUUCAGCAAGGAGGAUAAAGCUCGUCUCCUACAGUUUGUGACUGGCACCUCGAAGGUGCCCUUAGAAGGUUUCAGUGCACUUCAAGGAAUUUCAGGCUCACAAAGAUUUCAGAUUCAUAAAGCUUACGGGAGCCCUGACCACUUGCCUUCGGCUCAUACAUGUUUCAACCAAUUAGACCUACCAGAGUAUCCAUCUAAACAUCAUCUGGAGGAGAGACUACUACUGGCAAUUCAUGAGGCCAACGAAGGGUUUGGGUUUGGUUGAGAAACAGUUGGGUAUCAAGUAGAGUCCUGUAGAUAAUAUUGUGUUUACAUAGAAAAGAAAAGAAGAGAAAAAAGGGGG